AUGAGUGCACAGGAGUUGCGUCGACAACGAGGAUAUGUCAAGGCCAAGGUGACAAAGACAUGGAAAUACGUCGAGAAUGUCGUUAAUAAGAGAAUAGCAGCGAACAUUAAGACAAUUACUGUACACCUGGAGAAGCUAGAACAGGCGUACAACAAUUUUAAUGAGUUACAACGAAAGCUAGUAUGCACAAUUGAAGAAGAAGAUCUACAAGCCGAUGAUCAGAAGGAGGACGAUACUUUCGAGGAUCGAUAUAUAGAAUUGAAGGCGACGCUAUCGAAAUGGAAGGCUGCGCUCAAGCCUGCUGUAAAGCUGCCGACAAUUAAGUUGCCAACGUUCUCGGGAGAAAUCGAAGAUUGGAAACGAUUCUCCGACAAUUUCGUCACAUUAAUUCACAACAGUGAAUUAUCGGCUGUUCAAAAGCACCAAUAUCUAGUCGGUGCAGUAACGGGCAGUGCGGCAAAAAUCAUCGAGUCUAUUGAGAUUUCGGUGCAAAACUAUGAAAUAGCUUGGAAUCUUUUGAAGAACCGUUACGAAGAUCCAAAGGCAUUGAAGCGGCGACAUAUUCAUUGUUUGUUUGAAGCACCCAAGGUCGGUCAAGAGUCAGCAGUCGAAAUCGAGGAGCUGGUCAACCAUUUCCAAAAUCAUUUGCGCAUUUUGAAAUCAAUGGAAUCCGAGAGCUAG